CCAUAUGCAGGCCCGAAAAGACUAGCCCAGGGACCUUUGAACAGAGGGGGUGACAACCACUCACGACGUUGAGAUACAUACUGCAUGGAAUAGGAUAUGGAGACAGCGUAAUGACAAGUCAAUUUAACACAUGAACAGCCCCCAUGACGUUGCGCGCGUCUGUGGGAAACGCGUAUCUCUGUUCGGCUUAGUGCGGGGCUGGCGGGGUUGUCCAACUUGCUGAUAGUCGGCCUCAUCGGAGGGGACCCUGCAUAUGACGAGAAAUUUCGAGUCAUUGUGACCGUGGAAACGCCAACGGCUUACACCAGCGGCGUCUUUGAUAGGGUCGUUCUCUGAAGUACUUCGUAUCAGCGAUUUGUCUCUUUUUGUUUUGCUUCCAGGCUCCAUCUCGAGUCCCCCUUUGCCCCCUUUGCUUUCAACCUCAUAUGACAUAAUACCACCGCGAAAUAUAUCCCACAAUUUCCCAAUCGUCGACGAGCCGAAUGGGUAGCCAAACUAUGAGCGCCGAGCCGCCAGUACCAGAGACGAGCGUCCUCGCCGUAGCCAGUCAUGUCGUCUCUGGACACGUCGGAAACAAAAUCGCUGUCUUUGUGUUACAAUCUAUGGGCUGCGAUGUCUCGGCCCUGAACACGGUACAGUUUAGUAACCACACUGGCUACAGACAAUGGAGAGGCAGUCGCGUAUCGGCGCAAGAGAUCACAGAUCUCUGGGAGGGUCUGAAGCAGUCCUACCUUGAUAGAUUCGACAUGAUGCUUUCGGGUUACGUACCUGGCGCCGCCGCAGUGGAAGCUGUUGGUAACAUCGCAAAGGAGCUCAAAGAGAAGUCCAAGGCAAAACCUGGAAGUUUCUUCUGGGUCUUGGAUCCAGUCAUGGGAGACAAUGGUAAGCUCUACGUUGCGGAUGAUGUCGUACCUGCAUACAGGGGCUUGGUGCAUCAUGCAGAUUUGAUAUUACCAAACCAGUUCGAGGCUGAACAACUUUCCGAGGUAAAGAUUACCGAUUCGGCAUCUCUCCGCAAGGCUAUUGAAGUUUUGCACACCAAGUUCAACAUUCCUCAUGUUGUAAUUACAUCUGUCUCCCUACCCUUGGGCGAAUCGCAAGUACUCCCAACGAGUCGCACAAUGUCCGUAGUGGGUUCGACAAGAACCUCGAACGGCAAGCCACGCCUCUUCAAAAUCCACUUCCCCGUUUUCGACUGCUACUUCAGCGGCACAGGCGACAUGUUCGCCGCACUGAUGGUUGUGCGCAUGCGGGAAGCUGUGUAUAAUGCUGGAAAGGAAGUUAGAGAAACACCAAGCUGGCUCAGCGGAGAUGAAGUGCGGCCGUUGGAUCUGCCAUUAGCAAAGGCUGCCGAGAAAGUCCUGGCUAGCAUGCAUGAAGUGCUAAGCCGGACGUGUGCAGGCAUGGAGGCCAGGGUGAAGCAGGAGCUCGCCGGACUGGGUCAGGGAUUGUCGGAGGAGGAGGAAAAAACAAAGCUGCACUUGAUAAGAAGCAGAGCGGCCGAGCUCAAGUUGGUCAGAAACAUGGGCUGCUUGAGGAGUCCGGAAACAGAGUACCAGGCGGAGAAGAUGGAGACUGAGCCUUGA